UCAAUUAUAGUGAGUUGAACAGAGAACACACAUAUAAAGUCUCUCCCGGAAUAUUGUGAUUUUUAUGCAGAAGUUGCAGUGCAAUCUUGGAUUAAUUGUUAUCAUUACAUUUGAGAACAACCAGGGAUCAAAAUGACAUAUAUUUCAUGCUGCAAUUUAUUUUGGAUUUAGAUAUUUUAGCAGAUAAAGUUUCACAAAAGUUGUGGAGAUUUUUUAGUUUCUUUAUAAGCAGUGAGGGACCUCUUUAUAAAUUGGCUGACUUACAACUUGGAUACAACCAAGGAGGCUUAUUAAGCCCAGUCUCCAGAACACUGAUCUUAUUAUGAGCAUGGAAAGCUCGUUAACACCUUGUAGCAUGCCUGAUACGUGUGACUUGAACUUGUUAUUGGCCCCUUCUCCAGGCAACGAACAAUCAGCUGAUCAAUGUUUACCAACAACACCAAAGGGGCUCUCUCAAGAUCUUAGCAUGGUCUCCCCAAAUAACACAGUAGACUCUUCGAACAGUAGUGUUACACGUAUAAAGACUCGACUUCGCCCACGAUCUGAACUGCCUCGUUGCACCCCUAGCAGUACACGCUCCCUCAGAUCACGCUUGAAAUCUGCCCAACUUCCUCUUGCAAAAUCAAAGCCUAAACGUAAGGUUGCUAAGAAAAAAAUGCCUAGCGCCAAUAUGGACAAUCCCAAUUCCCAAUUUGAUGUAUUAGUUUCAAUAGUAUCUGAUAUGAAGGCCUCAAUAGACACUCUAAAAUCUAAUAUUGAGUGCAUCCAGACGGAUCUACAUGCUUUUCAAAGUACAAAUACAGAUCUCGUAAAACAGCUUGCUGCCAAAACUAUGGCCUACAAAGAGCUGGAUGAUGAGAACACCCACUUACGAAAACAGCUCAUAGCAUGCAAAGAACAAUCCUCAACAAGCGUUAACGAUCCGAAAACACUUGUUAUAGGAAGCUCAAUCAUUAGAGACAUUGACAGCAGUAAAUUACUUCAUACGGAUAUUGAAUGUAUAAGGGGUGGAAAGAUCAAAGAUGCCCACAAGAGACUCACUGAACUUGACCAAUCAUAUAGUCGCAUUGUAAUACAGAUGGCCAGCAACGAUGCCUCGCAGAAAGAUGCCACUGUAAAAGGCAUCACAGAUGAAUAUAGCACCUUACUCACUGGAGCAAAGAACCUCUGCGAUGACAUCUGCGUGUCCAGUAUUUGUCCAAGAACGGACAAACCUGAGGUUCAGGAGUUGAUUGAAGGAGUCAAUGCCGAACUCAAUGAUCUAUGCCAGAAUGACACCAAGCUGACCUUCAUUAAUAAUGAUGAAACCUUUCGCCUACAGAACAAUGCCAUUAAUACAGGAUUUUUAGACUCCCAUGGUCUGCAUCUCUCUAAAGCAGGGUCAAACAGCUUGGCAAAGAAUAUGAAGUUGAAAGCCAAGCCAAACCACUGUAAUGACAUCACAAAAUCCUUUCAACACAAUAAACGUCACACCAAUACUCAUGCCAAGGUCACCAAUUCCUCGAACAAUGACAAUAAUGCGGAAUGGCAAACUGUGAACAGAAAAAAUGCUAGACGGCACCCAGCCAACCGGACAAGCUCAAGUGUAUCACCCCAAAAUGACACAAACAAUAAGCCUGCCUGCUUUAAAUGCGGCGAAACCUCACACCUGGCUUCAACAUGUUGGCAUCCUUCUUCAGUGCGUUGCUAUGGAUGUAAUUCCCUGGGGCACAAGGAAUCCAGGUGUACUAAGAAAUCAUCCUCUAUAACCACACAAUAG